AUGUUCCUAACGGAGAUCAAGAAACACGCCGUUCCGUCCUUCACGCCGCUUAAGAAACAUUCCGUUCCGAACAAAUUUGGCCUCAUCACUAACGCCUUCGACGACGCUCUGCUCCGCCGUUUGAAGACGCUUUCUCCGCCGUCGAUCAGCUUGUCCUGGCUAUCCAAGGCCGUCGAUUUUCUCGCCUUUUCGCACUCCGAGGCCAGAAGCUUAAUCUCCAAUCUCGAGGUAACGGCUUUGGAUGAUUCUCUUGCGACUUAUUUGGAUGACAGUGUGAAGCUUUUGGAUAUAUGCAACUCCGUCUCCGCCGAGAUCGAGCGGCUCCGGCAGCGCCGGAUUGUUCUCGCUUUCGCCGUUCACCUCCUCGGCGACGGGAAGCUCCGGCGAGCUCGGGAGACUUUAACUGAAUGGGAGGGCCGCCGCGCCUCGGGAUUCGGGAAAGCGAACAAUGCGGAGGUGCUGGUCAGGGAUCUGGCGCUGGGGCUCCGCAGCGCGCCACGUGGAAAGAUCUCGAGCGUUGGGAGAGUCGUGAGGCGGACGAUGUACGCCGUCCGAUUGGUGACGGUGUUCGUCGCCGGAGCAGUGGUGUCGGCGAUGAACGGAUCGGCGGAGAAUGUGACUGUCCGGGCGCCGGCGGAGUUUUCUUGGGCCGAGUCGCUGAACGAGCUGGAAUCGGCGGUCUCCUGCGAGUUGAAACGGCGAUUCGGAAAGGAGGCAAAAAGGAAAGGCACCCUAUUGGAGGAGGUAGAUGACGUGGCUACACGCGUCGCGGAAGCGUGUGAGAUAGCGGAGGAAGACACGGAGAGGAGAAACGACGUCGUAAAAGAGGUGGAGAGGGCAAUGGGGUCGUUUUCGGAUGGUUUGGAAGGGUUGAGUAAAAGGGUGAAUUAA